ACGCAACCACCGCGAAUCCACUUCGAUUCCUCUCCCGCUCCGCCGCUCUAGGCGGCAUUUUCUCUGCGAUCGACACCCUCUAACGGCGGCAUAUGGUGUGUUUCUAUUUCCUCCUCCUCGUCGCGCUCGCGCCUCUAGGUACUGGCUGGCCGCCGGAGAUGCAGUUCCUCUUCGCGUGCACGGACGGCGACCUCGGCCGCGCCAAGGCCGUGGUAGAUGCCAUGGAUGUGGCUGAGAGGGAGUCGCUUGCCUCUCUGAGGUUUACGGACUUGCAACAGGCCCUGAUCCAGCAGCAGCAGAUGAUGGAGGUUAUGAGAGUCCAGAUGCAAUCCUUGAUGCUGACUGGCGGGACUGGUCCUCCUCCUCCUCCUCCUUUCACCUUCCCUUGGUCAUAGAGUUCGGUUGGCGGCUCCAACCAUGCGUCCCAAGGUGAAUUGGAAAUCACACCGACCCCUUGUACGUCAGCUCAGCAAAGCACGAACAUUGGGAACCAACGCACAUUGUUCCAGGAUGUGCAACAUGAUGCCCCUUGAGCAUCACCGGCGUGGCCAACAUGUAGAGCCCUUGAUCAUCAUGGUUUUCAUGUGUUUGCGGAGGACAUGUGGCUAGCUUUGCCUUAUCUAUAUGGUGUUUAUGUACUUUGCACUAUGGAUAUGUAACCACUAUGGACUAUAUGACUUCUUUGAACAUUUGAUUCAUUUGAUGGACUAUGUGACUUGUAUGGACAUUUGAUGAACUAUGUAACUUCUAUGGACAUUUGAUGAUCUAUUUUGUUGUUAUUUAUGUGGUUAUGAUGA